CCACCUCCAGCCGCAAGCUCGCUCCUCAAGGGCACUCGGGCGCCGCUCAGCAUGGACCAGGGCGAGCCAGUGAGCGCCGGUGGCGAGAAUUCCCGCCCGGAGCUGCCCAGCGAGCUGCUGCAGGUCAUCUGCGUGCAAGCCGCGCUGGCGCACCCGCAGAGCGCCCAGACGCUCGCCCUCGUCUCGCACUCCGUCUGCGCAUGGACCGCAAGGGCUCGCUGGCACACCGUCAUCAUCACGUCGGCUGCGGCGCUGACAGCCUUCUGGCGCAUCAUCACCGAGGCAGCGCCAACGCAGAGCAUCUCCCUGCCGCCGCAGCCCGCGACAUGCGUGCGAGCGCUCUUCCUGCAUCUGCCAGGCACUGAGAUCUUCGACGUCUCAGAACGCUUGCUGGCAGAAGCGACCCAGGCCGCCAAGGAGCAAGCGCAGCUUGCCGCUAGCGAGGGCGCAACGUGGGAAGAGACGCAGAAGACCCGACUUGCGCCGUCUCGCUCGUGGGCACGCCUCUCAGGCAUGCUUGAGCGGCUGGAGCAGCUCGAGCAGCUGGAUCUCUCCGCGCCCGAGGCACAGCUGCUACGGCCCUCGCUGAUGCGCAGCCGCAUCCGCGAGCUGACGCUCAGCUACGACGGCGAUGAAGAGGCGCUUGGCGCGCUUGUAUGGGCCGGCGACGCCUCGGCGCUGUGCGGCCCAUCGCCGCACUUCCCUGGCCUGCGCAGCCGCUUGACACAUCUGCACGUCGUCGCCAAGGACUCGCGUGCCGACGUGGCCGGGAUUCCUCUGCCAGUGCCACUGCUUGAGCCACUUCGACGAGGUAGCACGUCGCCGGGCAGUGUGCUGGCUGCGAUCGCCUCGGCCGGCUCUGCUCAGGCACCGUCCGAAGACGCCAAUGCCAGCGGACCGUCAGCCACCAGCGCCGGCCUUACACACCUUCGCUACGACACGCGGCGCUUCUCUUUCAAGCCUGCCGAGAUUUUCGCCACCCGCCUGCGACCUUUCUUCACCGACGUGCGGAUAUCGCCUUCGCCAGCACUCUUCGAGGCAUCUCCAGCGAGCUACUCGUUUGCCGGCUCGCGGCACGAAGCACCUCCUCUGGGCGCCGGUGCUUUUCGGCGACGGCCAGAGCCAGACGGCCGGCUGCAGAUCGCACAGGCGCAGGCCUCGCCGGGCGGGCGCUUGCUGCGCUCAUGGUGCGGCGGCGGACUCAAGGUGCUGAAGCUCUGCUGGGAUGUGCCGCCCGCUUCUACUGCGUCCGCGCCGCGCGUCGCUGGCACCGACUCGGGAGGCUGGCCUCAAGAACGGCGCGGCGCAUGGACGGAACGUUCGGGCAAGGCGCGCGUGUUCGCAGCUGAGCUCGUCGAGGCCAUCGCGCAGCUCUUUGGCUGGCACGGACAGGCGCACGAGUACGCAGAGCUGGCCUCGCGCAUCCGGAGAGGAUGGAGCGACAAGGAGCGAGAGACGCUUGCGGCGCUGCAGCUGGCCGUCGAGUGCGAGCUGGCGUGUGCGGCUUCGGCCAGCGCUUUGCCUGACGCAGCAGCGCGGCAAAGCGGUGCGUCGGGCACACAGCGCCAGCCGGAUGCCAGCGACAACAUCGCUGCGCCGCUCGAAUUCGCCGUGAGGUCGCCCGCCUCGCUGCUGAAGAUGGACACGGGGCCGGCCGCCUUCGAGCUUGAACAGCGGCUCGCGCUGUUCCUUGAUCGAGCAGGAGGCGGGCCAGGCGCCUGGGACUGAGAGCCAGCAUGACGAUACCUACCUACCAGCAAAUCUAUGCUCCCGAGGUCCCAUGCUCCUGUCUCCGAGUGAUCUCUAAAGCCGUGCAUUGCAGCGGUGGCACGCUUGCCUGCCGGUCUCUCCCUGUCUGCAACCCCUCACCCGCGGCUGACCCAGGCGCUCCGUCCGGCACGAAGCCAGCCGGCAACCCGACGCCCGUUUACUUGUCGAAGGACGCAAUGUACUUCUCGAGGUCGAACUUGGGGUCUUCCGGGUUGGUGACGACUGCGGUGGACGGCGUCAGCGAGGAGGUAAGAUCGGAGACGGGCGGCAAGACCGAACGUCAGCAGGUAUGCACAGGCAUAGCUCGUCGCCGAGACCUCGUUCGCCACUCCUUGUCAACAGUCGCAGGAGUCCGAGCGCGGGCAGGGGACCGUCCCAG